GCUCUAGAGGCCACCCUUGGAUUGACCGUCCGAAGAGCAAUAGACUCUAGGGUUGCAACAACCGUCUCUCACUCUUGACUUGUUAAGCGUCUUAUCAAGCAUCUGCCACGUCUGCUGCUUUAGCUUGGGAGUCCGUCGAGGGGUAGAGUGAUUGAUCGCCCCGCCAGGACCAGGCCCGACAACAGCAUCCAAGAUGUCUCCUGUCCGGACCGUUGAGAAUGCCAGUGAGGAAUACACCUAUAUCAUCUGCGGAGGCGGCACUUCUGGCUGUGUGAUCGCCGGGCGGCUGGCUGAGGCCUUCCCCAGCGCCACCUCCGACGUCUCGAUCCUGGUCAUCGAGGCCGGGCCGGACUCGACAGGCCACCCGCUCAUCACCAUGGUCGGCGGCCUCUUCCAGGCCAUGGGCGGCGAGCUGGACUGGGCGCUCGAGACGGUACCGCAGGAACACCUCGACCAGCGCGUGCUGCAGCUCAACCGUGGCAAGUUCCUGGGCGGCAGCAGCGGCUUCAACGGCACGCUGUGCAUCCGCGGGUGCAAGGCCGACUACGACGACUGGGAGCUCGAGGGCUGGACUGGCGACGACAUGUUCCGGUACAUGCAAAAGGCCGAGACGUUUCACGGCAAAGCCUGGUUCAAGGCUGCGGACGGGUCCCACGGCACGAACGGGCCCCUGCACGUCGAACCACACGACACGGCGCCGAUCUCGAACCACGUCUUGGAGUCCCUGCGGGACAGGGGCUUGCCUCUGGUCGACGACAUGUUCACCACGGGCGAGGCGGCACAUGCCUGCGGACAUGUCCCUCGGACGGUGCAUGACGGCGUGAGGACUUUUAGCACGGACUACCUGAAGGGUCACGAGGAUCGGGUGGAUAUCGUGGUGAAUACCGUCGUCGACAAAAUCAUCCUUGAGAGCGUUGGAGGCAAGGUGGUGGCGACGGGCGUUGAGGUCGUCGACGGUUCCGGGAAGAGGAGAGUGCUGAAGGCUGGCAAGCAGGUCAUACUAUCUGCAGGUGCGUACUGCUCGCCGACCAUUCUGCUACGCUCGGGCAUCGGGCCCAAAGAAGAGCUCGCGCAAUUCGGCAUCGACUGUAAAGUCGACUCUCCCGGCGUGGGCAAAAACUUCCAAGACCACCUGGUCGUCUUCGUGCCGUACGAGGUCACGCAGCCGAACCUCACUAACGACCGAUUCAUCCACCACGCCAAUGGCCUCGCAAACUCCCUGUCGACUUACCAGAGUUCUCGAUCCGGCUUCUUUUCCACAUUCCCUUUCGGUGUUUUCGCGUUGGCCCGACUCGGCGACGGGUUGAACUCGUCCGUCCUGUGGCGGGAGCGGUCGGCCGCAUCGCCUGGGACGACACGAGACGCUGCCAACCUUACCCCACAGCAAGCCCACGUCGAAUACAUGCACACCGAGCUGUAUUCGGGCCACGUCCACGGCUACCCAAUCCCGUUGGAGGGAAAGCAUGGCUUCGAGAUGAUGACGCUGCUGUUUAGCCAGCAAAGCCGCGGCACAGUUGCCCUACGCUCCACGAACCCGCACGACAAGCCCGUCAUCGACCCCCGCUACCUGUCUGACCCGCUCGAUCUGCUUAUGUUAACCGAAGGCGUGCGCUUCGCUCACUCGAUCGUGACAUCCGGCUCCGGCACCAAGGGCAUCGUCGCCCCAGGCGUGUGGAUGGCGGGUCCCAAGUACGCGGCGCUCGGAUCCGAAACGACCAGGGAGGACUGGGAGCCGUAUGUGCGCCAGUACAGCGCGACGGCACACCACCCGGCGGGCACGUGUCGAAUGGGGAAGGACGGCGAUGCGAUGGCGGUAGUGGAUGAGAAGCUGCGGGUCAGGGGCGUCAAGGGGUUGAUGGUCGCGGACUGCAGCAUCAUGCCGAGUCUGAACGGCGGCCACACGCAGAUGCCGGCUUAUGCAAUUGGGGAGAAGGCCGCAGAGAUGCUUAUCGAGGCGUCCGAAACAAACGUUUAGACCAACCAUUUGAAGACUUUGUGUCGAGUAAUUGCCUCGUUGGAACAAUCCCAGACCGC